AUGCUCUCUAGGGCCCAUAUAGAAAGGAGACCCAGAGUGACACGCGCGCCCGCAGGCCGCAUCUACUGGACCACGCAGUGCGAAGGCGAGGUGCGGCUGCGGCUGAACAAGGACGAUCAGGAGGAGGAGAAGCCCGUCACCGUGCACGACAUGGUCCUGGGCACCGCCACCAAGUUCGGCAGCCAGCUCGCGCUCUGCUCCAAGUACAAGGAUCGCUGGCACCUGUUCUCCUACAUCGAGCUGUACGAGGAGUGCCGGCGCGUCGCCAAGGCCUUCCUCCAGCUGGGCCUGCAGCGCUUCCACGGCGUGGGGAUCAUGGGUUCCAACUCUGCAGAGUGGGUCAUUGCCAGCAUCGCCUCCAUCAUGGCGGGAGGCAUCUCCGUGGCCAUGUUGUCUUCCAGCUCCUCCAAAGUCUGCCAAUUGAUUGCAGAGACCACAAAGAUGAACGUCUUUGUGGUAGACAACAACAAACAGCUGCAGAAGAUCAACCAGAUCUUGGGCUCUCUAACCUACCUCAAGGCCAUUGUACAGUACAAGGAGGAACUGAAGACCACGCAGGCCAAUCUGUAUUCGUGGCAGCAGUUCCUGGACUUGGCGGACAACGUAUCAGAAGACAGGCUGGACCAUGCCAUCGACAUGCAGAAACCGAACCAGUGCUGCGCCUUGGUCUACAACCUGAGGACCACAGGCCCGCCCAAGCUCAUGAUGCUAAGUCAUGACAACAUCACCUGGACCACGGCGGCGACUGUCCAGAGCCUGUGUUACAAGUGUCCCCCGGAGGGACAGGAAAUCCUGGUGAGCUACCUGCCGCUCAGCAACAUCUCCGUCCAGAUCCUCGACAUGUGGGUGGCUAUCGCUGUGGCCGGGACGCUCUAUUUUGCCCCACCAGAAGCUGGAAAAGACACUGACUCUCCCCCUGGCGCAGGCUUCCUGUUUGAACUGCUUCGAGAAGUGAAGCCCACCACCUUCUACGGCGUGCCCUGGAUCUGGGACCUGAUUCAGGACAACCUGAAGACCAGCCAGCUGGAGCUGGGCAGGUUCCGCAGGAAGGUCAAUGACUGGGCCAUGAAGCUGGGGCUCAGAACUAACCAGAGACGCAUGUUUGGGCAGGUCCACCCCCCGCUGUGCUUCGGCGUGGCCAAGAAACUGAUCUUUGACCCCGUCAAGAAGUUCCUGGGCCUCAACCGCUGUGAGCAGUUCUUCAACCUCGGCAUGGGGCUCCCCAGAACCACCCUGGAUUUCUUCCUCAGCCUCAACAUCUCCAUCUUUGAGCUCUACGGCCUGUCCGAGUGCACGGGCAUCCACACGGUCUCCAGCCACCAGGCCUUCCGGCUGCUCAGCUGUGGGAAGGCGCUCCUGAACACCAACACGAAGGUGGAAGAGGAGAAUGAGGAGGGCAUCGGCAACAUUUGCGUGUGGGGCCGGCACAUCUUCAUGGGCUACCUCAACGACUUCGAGGGCACGCGCCAGAAGAUAGACAGCCAGGGCUGGAUGCACACCAUGGACAUGGGCUUCCUGGACUCCGACAAAUUCCUCUACAUCCUGGGCAGCACCAAGGAUAUGAUCACGCUGAGCUCCGGAGAGGUCAUCAACCCAAACCUCAUUGAGGAGCGGGUGAAGAACCAUAUCCCCAUUGUUCACUAUGUGGUGGUGGUGGGCCAGGACCACCCGUUCCUGUCUGCCCUCCUGACGCUGAAGUGCCAGGUCAACUGGGAGACAGGGGAGCCGCGGACCACGCUGACCAAUGAGGUGGUGGCUGUGUGCCGGAGCCUGAAGAGCCAGGCCACCUGGCUGAGUGACGUGCUGGAAGGCCGUGAUCCCAUCGUGGACAACUUCAUCAAGCAGGGGAUGGAGGCUGCCAACGAGGAGGCGCCCUCCGAGAGCUACAAGGUGCUCAAGUGGGUCGUCCUGGACACAGACUUCUCCGUGUGUGGCGGCGAGCUCGGAGCCACUACGAAACUGAAGAGGGGGACCGUGAACAAGAUGUACAAGGAGGAAAUCCAGAAAUUGUAUGAGUAG